UACCGGAAGUGACGCGAAAAUCGUCAGCCGCGAGGACAAUUCAAAAUUGAAAUGGGACAUUACCUUUUUUUAAAGCCUUUUGUUGAUUUUAAUCAUUGUGCUACUUUCUUCAGUAAAUCAUAAAUGUGUGAUCCAGAAGCAAAGAAAUGGCGACUAAGCAGCUGGCCAGGGAAUUAGGAUUGAUAAGGAAGCGUUCCCAAGUCUCCGGGGACAACAACCAAAAGAAGUUUGGCUCAAAUCAAUUUUUUGCCUACCUUAUUGUCAUAGAUUUUGAAUCAACUUGCUGGAGAGAGAAAAACCAUCACAACCAAGAAAUUAUUGAAUUUCCUGCAGUUUUGAUGAAUGCAACCAGUGGCCAAAUUGAGUCAGAAUUCCAAACAUAUGUCCAGCCUCAAGAACAUCCAAUAUUGUCUGAGUUUUGUACCGAACUCACAGGAAUUAAACAGAAUCAAGUAGAGGCUGGAGUUCCUCUUAGGAUCUGCUUAUCUCAGUUUUCUCGAUGGCUUCAGGAUCUUCAAAGAGAAAAGAAUAUUGUGUUUCCUAAUCAGUCCAUGUUAUCUGCAGCUGAUAAGCCUUGUGCUUUUAUCACCUGGUCAGAUUGGGAUUUGGGUGUGUGCUUACAGUAUGAAUGCAAACGAAAGCAGCUUCGUAAACCUGAGGUUUUAAACAGCUGGAUAGAUCUCCGGGCAACAUACAAGCAAUUUUAUAAUCGCAAACCAAAGGGAUUAAAUGGAGCAUUACAAGACCUAGGAAUUGAGUUUUCUGGACGAGAACAUUCAGGCUUGGAUGAUGCCCGCAACACUGCUUAUUUGGCUUGGAGAAUGAUAACUGAUGGAUGUGUUAUGAAAAUUACUAAGAGUCUGGACAGGGUACCUCGAAGCUUGAACCCUACUGUAAAACCUUCACUGCAAAACCAUGAAGAUCGUUCGAGCAAAAAUACAGCAGAGAUGGCACCUGGGGAGAAGAUGUGCACUGCUAACUGCAUUCCAAGUGCAAAACAAAACCUAUAUGAAAAAUGCUCAAUUCCAUGCAAUGGUAUAAUAGAGAAGACAGAAUCCAAUGUAUAUGGGAAUAUUUCUCCAGUCACUGAACAAAUUGGCAGACAUGAAAAUAAAGUAAUCUGCCAGAGUAUUUUGCCAACAAAGACAUUACUAAAUGGACUUUCAUCUUCAAUUCUUAAUGGAAGCUUUUAUAACUCUAAUUCUAUCAAACACACUUCUACACUGGGAAGUCUCUCCUUUGAUUCUACAGUAAAUACAAGUCUUGUGCUGGUUUCAACUGUUGUGAAUUCGGUUAUAGAUGUGCCAGUUCAGUGCUUAAAUGUAGAAGCUGAAGGCACAGUUGAUAUGGAAAAGUCUAUUGUACUGCCUGAGCUGGAUGAACCUAUUGCAUAUGAUGCUGUCAUUCUGGAGGAUGAGGACCUUACUGCUGAGAAUUCAGUUUUAGAUUUUAAAAAUGAGAGAGAAUGCUGUACGUCUUCACAAAUUGUAACCACUUCUAAUACAGUGGUUUACAGAAACAGUGAUAGCUCACUCACUACACUUCGUUCAGUUUCUGACAAAGGUUCAGCAAAUAGUAGUUUAUUUAAGGUUCCACAUGUCAUGCAUGGACCAGUUUUGUCAAAAAGAAAUCCUGAAAAUUCAUUAUUCUCAAAGUCGUUUGCUGCUAGAAAAGCCAAUAAUGGACCGGAGAAGAAAAAGGCACCUUCCAGCUGUAAUUUACCAAAAAAAAGUUGCUCAUUUAGAGUCUAUGAAGACUGUGGGAUCUUUACCCGACCUACUCCAUUAUCAGAUUUUACUAGAACGUCUAUACUGUCAUCCAACGUUAACAUGAAGUCUGCAUCUAUCUGCUUGCCUGCCAAAAUUACCCCACCAUUGUGCAAAUGUGGUUGUAGAGCGAAGAGGCUUAAUGUUUCCAAUGGAGGUCCAAAUCAUGGAAAAGCAUUUUACUGUUGUCCAGGUGGUAAGCAGAAAAGCACUGUGAGCCGAGAAAGAUGUGAGUUUUUCAAAUGGGAGUCAGCACUGUUGAAAGAAAAUGUCUCUGGGAAUGGUUCCUUGUCUUUAUGCAUACCUGGGGUUAGGGAUAUUAGUAACAAAAGCAAUGUAACUCCUCAACACAAGGGUCUGGUCCUUAGGCCAUCUCUGAGAAAUUAAUGAGCAUAUUCAUAAAAAUGUUCAAAUGAAGUAUACUCAUGUUUAGGUGAAAUUGCCAUUAUGAGGUUUAGGUGAAGGAAUAUAAAUGACAAUCAUUUCUAAUAUUAAUUUUAACAUGUGUUGCUGCUGCUACCUCAAAUUUGCUACCUAAAAUUUUCAUUUAAAUAUACUAUAAAAACUUUGUUAAUGAAGAUAAUUAUGUUAAUAAUAUACAAUAAUCAUAGUAAGGCUUUUUUUCUAUUAAGAUUUAUUUUUGUAGAAAGUUUUGGUUUGCUUCAACAGUUUGGGGAGGAAUGUGUCUUCCCCUUUCUUCUUCAAAAUUAAGCUGCUAUCAUGAUUUAUUAUCAUGACUUUACUGAUAGUACAGUGCUUGUUAUUAUUGUUUAUCAUUUUAACUGAUCUGAAGGUAUUUUGUGCUGUGGUGCAUAGUUACAGUAUAUCAAUAAACCAAAAAUAUGUGGCAAGGGUAUAAUUGUAUGUGUUUUAAAAUCACUGUAUUAAUACCAUAUUUUGUACUUUUACUCAAAUUAAU